GGCGCGGGGGGGCGCGGGGCGGAGCGCGGAGCCCGCUCGGGGCUGCGGAUGCUCCGUCCGGCACCGCCGGUGGCAGCGGGGCGGGCGCCAGCCCGGCUCUGGGCGUCUGUAACGGGCAGCGCGACCGCGACGGAGCCGCCGGUACCGGCUCUUCAACGGCGGUACCGGCACCGGUACCGGCAGCGCUCCGGCCCUGCUAUCCCAGCACCGGCAUCAGUGCUUGGAUCCCGGCACCAGGACCGACCGGCCUCACUGACACCGGCACCGCCACUGACACCGGUACCGGCUCUUCUUCCCCGGCACAAGGUCCGGUGUCCCCGCCACCGGGACUACACCCCGUUAUCCUCCCCCGGCACUGGGACCACUCCGAUUCCCCGGCAUUGCUCGUCCUUCUCCUGCACCGGCACCGACCGGCCCUUCCCGGCUCCCCGGGCCCCCGCCUGCCGCAGCUUUGAAAACCCACGAGUGGUGGGAACGGAGAGCUGGGCACGGUGGAGUGAGCACAAGGAGCACCGAGGCCAGCACAGGGAGACACUGUCCCCUGACCUGGCAGGGACACGGAGCAGGGACCAGCCAGGACCCUCCAGGGACCAGCCCAGGGGCGCACAGGAUGGGCUCCUCAGAGCAGCGGCAGCAGCAGCGGGGGCAGCACCGAGGACAUCCCAUCCACGGAUCCCUCCAGGGACGUGUCAGGGAGCACUGAGGAGAUUUACCUGGACUACAGCACCUACAUGGCCCGAUUUGUGCCAGCACAGGGGGCAGCCAGCCCGGAGAGGAGCCCCUCUCAUGGAGCUCUGGGCAGCUCCACGCCCACGAAGGGGCUGGUGGCUGCUGUCCCCUCCCAGGAGGACACGGCCAGCAUGGCCUGGAUGAAUGCCCUGGUGGGACGCAUCUUCUGGGACUUCCUGAGGGAGCAGUACUGGGCAGAGCAGGUGUCCAACAAGAUCCAGAAGAAGCUGAGCAAGAUCAAGCUCCCGUAUUUCAUGAACGAGCUGACGCUGACAGAGCUGGACAUGGGCACAUCCAUCCCCUCAGUGCUCAGUGCCUCCAGCCCCACCAUCAAUGAGCGAGGGCUCUGGGUGGACUUGGAGGUCACCUACAGCGGCUCCUUGCAGAUGACACUGGAGACAAAGAUGAACCUCAGCAAGCUGGGGAAGGAGAGCUCUGCAGAGGAGAGCAGCCCUGCAGAGGCAGGCAGAGAGGGGCACGUCAGUGGGAACAGCACAAGCAGGAGGAUCCUGCGCUUCGUGGAUAAGAUUGCCAAGUCCAAGUACUUCCAGAAGGCCACGGAGAACGAGUUCAUCAAGAAGAAGAUGGAGGAGGUGUCCAACACGCCACUGCUGCUGACGGUGGAGGUGCAGGAGCUGGCAGGAACCCUGGCUGUGAACAUCCCCCCGCCACCCACCGACCGUGUCUGGUACAGCUUCCGAGUGCCCCCGCAGCUGGAGCUGAGGGUGCGCCCCAAGCUGGGCGAGCGGGAGGUGACAUUCCUGCACGUCACUGAGUGGAUCGAGAAGAAGCUGAAGCACGAGUUCCAGAAAAUCCUGGUGAUGCCAAACAUGGACGAUCUCAUCAUGCCCAUCAUGCGCUCUGGCCUGGAUCCUUGGCCCCCCAGCCCGGGACCACCCCAGGAUCCACCAGCCACGGGGGACAGGAGGCUCUGAAGCACAACCCAGGGGCAGGGACACUGCCCAGAGCUCAGGGACCUCACUGGGACAUGGGACAGCCGGGGCUGUGCCUGGAUUCAUCCUCACGCUCUGCUUGUGCAGAUGAGCCUCCUCAGAUCCUGCAAGCACACGUUCAGGGCACAGCCAGGCUGCUGGAGACCCAGGGAUUCCACAGCCACGCUCCAGGACUCCUGGUCAAGCAGGCAGCUCGGGGCAGGGGAGGGCUGGGCUUCCCACUGUCUGCUUCCAAAGAGGGUGCAGGACACCUGGAUCACGGCACUGAAGGAGUUGGGAUCAUUGCUGAUCCAGAAUUCCCAGCUCUGGGGCAUGCCCCAUCCCCACAGGCAGCUGGGCUGCAAGGACAGCACGGGUGGGAAAGGCUCCCAGGUGAAUAAAUCCAUCUCUGCCCA